GAACACGCAAAUCGAAAAGAAAAAGAAACCAACUAACCAACCCCCCUAAAAAAAGCAAGAUCUAAAAGAAUAUCAAGAUCCAAAUCAAGAAAAAGUGCAACGAAAGAAUCACAAAUCAAAUUGAAAUUGUUAUCAAAAUUGUGAUUAUUUUUGUUUGUUUCUGUGUUAAAUAGUGCGAAAAGAAACCGUUAGAACCGAGAAAUAACGAUAACACACACGAUACAUGUCCUGUUUUGAAUUGUUAUAUCCCAUAUAUACACAGGCCCCAUCCUAUAUAGAAGCCAGAUGCAGUGCUGACGACAAAUAACAACGAACUUUUGCAGUUUAUUGACAGCGGCUGCAAUAACAAUAACAACAACAAAAACUUCAACAACACCAACAACUACUACUACUACAAAAACCCGAUUGAAAGCCAAGCCAAACGGAGGACAACAACAAAGCAACAACUUGAAAUCCUGCGAUGGGCAAUGCCGGCUAUACAUGCAUUCGCCGCACUUUCUGCUGGCUCAACAUUAUUCUAUGGCUUUGUAGCUGCGCUUUCCUGGGCGCCGGACUUUGGCUGAGACUGAGCUAUGAGGGCUAUGCCACUCUCCUGCCUCAGCAUGCCGCCUUAAGUGCGGACACCAUCUUCAUGGGCAUCGGUGGCACUGGGUUUGUGGUGAGCUUCUUUGGAUGCUGCGGGGCCUGGGCGCAGUCUCGGUGUCUUCUGGUGCUGUACUUCAUGCUGAUUGUGAUGCUGUUCAUGAGUGAAUUCCUAGUGGGCUCCAUUGCCUUUCUCUUCCGCGGUGGCCUGGGACGUACGCUGGCCAAUGAGCUCCGCUUUGGUAUCGAGCGUCACUAUAAUGUGAGUGAUCGGGGUUCCCUGGUGGCACCCUCGGUGUCCGCCAUUUGGGACAGUGUGCAGCAAUCGUUCGAGUGCUGUGGUGUGUCCUCGUACGAGGAUUGGUACGAUAUCCAGACGUGGCCAGGAAAACGCUGGGUGCCCGAAUCCUGUUGCCGCACUCUGUAUGACCAGCGUCAGGUGCUGACCGAAGGAUCUGGAGAUGGUCUGCUGCGUGCCGACUGCGGCAGAUCCGAGAACCCCUCGUUGUGGUGGGACAAGGGUUGUGCCCACUCCCUGCAGAGCUGGUUCACCGGCCAGCUGAAUGUAGUGGGUGCCGUGGGUUUGGGCAUUGCCUUUGUCCAGCUCUUCGGACUGAUCACCUCGAUGCUGCUCUUUUGCACGGUGAAGCACAAGCGGGCUUCGGACACCUACAAGUCAUAUUCGCCAUCGAUUGAUCCCCAGACUCGUACCAGCAGUUGGGAGGACUGAACGCGGUUGUAAUGUAGAAUGUUUCUAAAAAAAAAAACACACAAUUCGAGCUUCAAAAAUCUCUCUCCCUAUUUAUCUAUAAUUAUAUUAUUUUUUCCUUUGUUUAAUCCACUUAGUUUCUAAUUCAAUCAAUGCGAUAUGUGCCAAAAAUUAAUUUUUAAUG